AGAUUAUUUAAAAUAUUCUUCUAAUAAGCUCCGAAAAAUUUAACAAUGCAAUUAUAUCAAUUAUAUUAUAGCAUAGCAUUAUCAUUUGCAUUUAUUGCAAUUACUUUUGCUAAGCCAGCAUCAGAAGUCGAGGUUGUCAAAGAAGUAAAUAGACAUGAUGCUACUGACGGAAAUUAUCAUUUUAAUUAUAAAUUAAAUGAUGGAACACAUUUUAAAGAAACUAGAAAGCUAGAAGAUGCUGGUGGGGAAGCUCCAUCAAUAACAGUCAAAGGAUUGUUCUCAUUUGUUGAGAAUGGUGUGGAAUAUACUGUACGUUAUACAGCUGAUGCAACUGGAUUCCAUCCAGAAGGUGAUCAUCUACCACGUGCUCCAGAUGCCCAAGAAAACGAAAUUGCGCCCCAAAUUUUAGGAACUAUUUUAAAGGCUCUUUAAUUAGAUUUUAUAAAAACUGUUAUUUAUAAAUAAAAAGUUUGUUGAAACAAGACCAGGUUGAUUUACCCAUGUCAUGUACCCAUGCUA